AAAAUUGGGAAACAGAUACUAGAAGAUCCUGUGAUCUCUAUGUACCAGAGAUGUGCGCUAAGAGAGCUGCUUCCUGGUAAACCUUAAACUAAACUAUGCAGAGAUGGGUUAGUUUCCUUACUACCCAAGACUCGUGUAAUAACGUUAGUAUGGCUACUUUUGUGCUUUUAUUUGCAAUUGUCAAACUGAUUUAGAACCCAAAUGUGUCGAUAAUUAACUAUGUUUACAUAUUCAACUGCUGCAGAUAAUGGCUCGAGAGUCCGUAAGCAGCAGGCGACCGGUGCUGGUGGUAGUUGUGCUGGUGAUGGUGGUAGUUGUGGUGAUAGGGGCUCCUGCUGGUGCCAAUGUUGUCCCUCUGUCCCAACACUCAGGUAUUCCAAUGGACUUGCUGUCGGUGGCAGGUGGUGCAGUGGGCGCGGUGCUGGAGGCUGCCUCUCAACCCACCUGCUCUCUCAUCCUCCUCUCAGAUGGCACCGCCUCACCAUCCACCAUCUUCAAGGGUAUGAGUACGUGGCGAGGGUGUCCCUGGGGCGUGGGGGUGCUGGAGGCGCGGGCGGACGGUCUGGACCCCAACAGGACGAGCACCUUCCUCUCCCAGCUGGUCCUCCAGGCCCGACGGGUGCGACUGGGGUCAUGGUGUGUGUGGGUGGUGGUAGUCAGUCUUGACACCACCUUCCUCGCCGCCUUCGCUGAGAGGUCCCUCAAGGGGCGCCUCCUGGCGUGGGACACCAAGCUGCUGGUGGUGACUCGUCUCCCCCUGACACAGCUCCACGCCCUCCUCUCCUCCCACUGGACCUUCUCCAUGAUGGCCGCCAUCAUCCUCAACCUGGAGCCCACCUUCAACCACCUCAGGUUCGGGGUGUUCACCUAUCUGCCAUAUACCUCCAGGGGAGCCCAGGUGGUGAAGGUAGCCUCGUGGACGGCCGCACGCGGCCUCCUCAUCCAAGACGGUCUUUCCUUCUUCAUACCAAAGUUUUCCAACUUUUACGGAGCCACAGUAAACGUCACUGCCUUGCCGUUCGCACCCUUCUGGGACGAGCUGAAGGGCCCUGGCAACGCUACUGUCUACACUGGCUCAGACUACCUCAUGCUGAUGGCAGUUGCGGGCGCACUCAACUUUACCAUCAAUGUCGUUCCUACUGAUUCGUGGACGGAGGUAACUCAACGCGUGGAGGAGCGCGUGUCGUUCAUGGCCACGGUGUACCACAACAUGCUGCCGGAGCGCCUCCAGCGCUUCGACUACUCCUGGGUGUACGAGUACGGCUCCCUGGACUUCAGUAUGGCUCAGCCGGGCUUGAAGCAACAGUGGCAGGGCCUCUACUACCCGCUGUCGGACGUGGUGUGGGUCUCUGUGCUCCUGGCUCUGCUCGCAGCUCCCAUCGUCUUGAUUAUGAUUAUUCGUACGAGCGAGCGUAGAGGCGGCGUGGACCGGACGGAUGGCAGCGUUGUGGUUCACCAGCUGACGGGGAUGUUGCUGGGUCAGAACCUGCCACGACGACUGCCCACCACCAGCUCCUGUCGUAUACUGGUGAUGGUGUGGCUGGUGUUCGGUCUUAUCAUAGGGACGGUUUACCGUGGCAACCUCACCGCCUUCCUCAUGCUGCCUAAGUACCCGCCCCGAGCUGAGACGCUCCAGCAGCUUGUUACUGCUGCAGACAGGAUAACGAUGCCACCAUACGGAGCAGAGUUUAAACAUUUCUUCAGCAAGUCCGAUUCGAAAGUAUUCCAGAGAUUAGCAGAACUAAUUAACAUCGUUCCUUCUAUAGAAGUUGGACUACGACAAGCCAUUGAAAACAAACAGGCACACUUGGAAAACCGACGCUACCAGCAACUGAGGAUAGCAGAGACGUACACCCGGCCGGAUGGGAGUUCCAAGCUGUACAUUGGAAGAGAGAGUGUUCUUCCUGGACAAGCAGCUUGGCCCAUACCACACGACGCUCCCUACAAGGCCGUCCUCGAUCGCUGCCUCAUGGCUGUCAUUGAGGCAGGACUUUACGAGAAAUGGAGCAAGGACUUACUAAUCCAAGCCCAGAUGGAUAGCCGCACCAGAAAACAACAGCAACGAGAGCAGCAACGGACACAAGAAAACGAAGAGACAGACUCGAAGAGCACCAUCCAAUCUUUGACCAUCAUACACCUUCAGGGAGCCUUCAUGUUGCUUGUCCUGGGCCUGGCAGCCUCUGGGCUCACCUUCGUUAUGGAGAUCCUGCUCCAAGCAAAACUUAGAACUUCUGUAACAGUUUCUGGCAUUGCUGUUGGGCCUUCAGAUCUUGAUCUUGAGAAUGAAGUUGUGGUCAGUAAAUUAAAUGGCUGA